CUUUUGGGACAUUUUUGCAAAAAAUUGAAAGGUCAACCCUAUAUAACAAGAUCAUUUUAAUGUGUCAGGCAUGUCAUUCUCCUAGAAAAAUCACAACAUUAGCAUGAAUUCUCCAUUUUAAACUAGAUUUAUGUGUAAUUUCUGAUAAUGUAAGGCUACGAGAAACAUAUUAAUUCAGUAGUCUGACUAUUAGAGCGAUACCAAUCAAGGAUAUACCAGGCGAUCAAUCGGAACACGUACUCGACUACUAUUCAACUCCGAAGACUGGCGGAAAGGUCCGAAAAGCUGCAAGGCCAUGUGAAGAAAUCCCCAGCUAGCCAGCUAAGUCAGUGAAUAAAAACAGGCCUAUAUAAGAAGAAUCAGGAAGAUGAAUAAAGAAGAAUUUGGCAAAUAUCUUUCAAGGAUGUAUCAAGAUGGUAUGCUUAUGUUGUCUGUUGGACUAGGGCAUGACCUUGGAUUAUUUAAAGUCAUUUGUGAAGCGUUAAAACCAAUAAGUGUUGAAGAAGUAGCAAAGACAUUAAAUCUAAAAGAAAGGUACACACAGGAAUGGUUAUCCACCAUGGUUGCAGCUGGUAUUAUACUACAGGACAGAGAUUCAAACCUGUACACAGUUCCUGAAGAUUAUAAGCAGACCAUUAUGUCAAAAAUGGCUUUUGCACCAAUUUUGUUUACACUUGGGAAAAGGUCCGAUAAAGUGAAAGAAUGCUUCAAAAAGGAUGGUCCUUAUGGAAUAAGUUUCCGAGAUGAGGAGGCUGCUGACUGUUUUGACUGGUUUGACGGAUACAGGUCAUUGGUGUGUGAAGGUGCAAUAGACAAGGAAAUUAUACCAUUGCUUACACAGCAAGGAGUUGUUCAUAAACUUGAAUCCGGCAUCAAAGUGCUUGACGUUGGUUGUGGCUCUGGUAACUUUAUAAAUCUUCUAGCCGAAAGAUUUCCAAAAUCAUCAUUUACUGGGUUGGAUUAUUCGGAAUUUGGAAUAGAAAAGGCCAAUAAAGUUAGAGUGGAGAAAGAAUUAUCUAAUAUAUCAUUCACAACAGGUGACGCACACAAUCUACCAGAUGAGUGGACUGAAAGUUUUGACUUUGUGUUUGUUUACGAUGUCUUGCAUGACUUGUCAGAUCCCCAUAAAGCUUUAGAUCAAAUUUACAAAGUAUUGAAGAAAGAUGGGUGUUUAAGUCUCAAAGACUUUGGUUUCCAUAGCAACCCAGUCGACAAUGCCGGUAACAAAUGUGCAGCAAUGCACUAUACAGUCAGUUGUUUUAUUUGUUUGCAGUCCAGUUUGUCAGCUCCUCCUCAUAUUGGUUAUGGAACUUGUUGGGGAAGGGAAAAUCUUGAAAAGGCUUUAAUAGAUGCCCAAUUUAAUAUUAAAGAGAAAUUAUCAACUACUGUGUCGGGUUCAAAGGCCUGUUACCUUUGUACAAAAUAGACCUACUUGGUAAACAAUUUGUUAAAUAUAUGUUGAAUUUGUACAAUAAACUUGAUAUAAUUUCUUUGUGUGUAUAAACAUAUGUAUGUAUGUAUGUAUACUGUGUAUACUAGUUAAUGGGUAUAUUGCACACAUGUAUUUUGUAAUAA